UAUAUUUUGGGUGAAUUUUAACUAACUUUAUUCGGCAGCCUUUAUAUUAGAGGGUAAAGAGAUUUGAAGAACUUCUCCCUCAUAAUAAUCCUUUCGAUCGUCGUUCUCCGAAUCGACGAUUGUUCUUGAAACUCGUUUUCGGUGUGCAGAAGGCGGCGAAGAUAUUACAAGAACCUCUGCUUGAUAAUCCGAGGCGGCGAUUGUUGUUGAAACUCGUUUUCGGUGCGCACAAGAUUAUAUAUAGAUACUGAAAAUGCAAGGGGGCAGAGGAAGGGGUGGGGAUCCUUUCUUCAAUUUUGGUGACUCCUUUGGUGGGUUUGGAAACCAUGGGAACUUGUUAUCUGGCUUCUUCGGAGGGAGGGACCAAUUUGAAGAUCCUUUCUUCACACAGCCAUUAGGAAGUAUGUUUCCAUCUACCUUCUUUGGGCCUCCCAUGGGGCCUUCCAUGGGACCUCCUAUGGGGCCUCCUUUCAUGAAUCCACAUGCAUCGGGAUUUCUCCAGCAUGAUUCACCUCAGCCUAAAAAGCAAAGAGGGCCAAUUAUUGAAGAAUUGAACUCUGAUGAUGAAAAAGAAGAUGACAAAAACAAGGCAGGCAAUUCAGGCAAAGUGCCUUAUGUUGAGGAUCCCGAUAACGUGGAAGAUAAGAAAAGAAAACAGAUGUACUACAAGCAUGAUGCUUCUCGAAACAAUAUGAUGCAGUCACAACCUCAAACUCGUAGUUUCUCAUUUCAAAGCAGCACUGUGACUUAUGGUGGUGCCAAUGGGGCGUAUUACACCUCAUCCUCCACUAGGAGGGCAGGAAGUGAUGGAGUGACAUUUGAAGAAAGUAAAGAGGCCAAUACAAUGACUGGUCAAGCUUCUCAUAGGAUCUCCAGGGGAAUUUUUGAUAAGGGGCAUUCUCUGACGAGGAAGCUGACAUCUGAUGGUAGAGUUGACAAUAUGCAAACUUUACAUAAUCUUAAUGAAGAUGAGAUUCAUGGUUUUGAAGAAGCCUGGAAAGUGAACGGCGAUAAGCACAUGCGCAUGCUGCAGCAGCAGCAGCCUGGCUGGAAUAGGAGCCUCAGUUUGGGUGGUGCAGGCGACAUGGGGGGGUCCGGAAGUGGUGGUGUUGGUGGAGGGCGUCUACUCGGUUACUCUGGACAAGGAGUGGCAUCUGAUGAAAGUUGCACUUCUCCUUCUCGUCCUCCUCCAAACAAAAUGCGCGCCAGUAAGAGUAGUCGGGGGAGAUCAAAAUCAGCUACGGCGGCAGAUAUGAUUGAUAAUAUGUACAUGAGGAGGAAGAACUGAACUCAAAAUUAUAUUAGUAAUAUGUCUUGUUGUUUAUUGUAGGAACUCCUCACCACAACAAGAACAUUUGUGAUUGAUUCCACUUACUUUUUUGUCAUUCAAAAUUGUGUUUAGAUACAUUUGGUUAAAACUCUAUUAUUGGAUUGUCUAUGAGAUUAAGAACUUAUACGUUUCUUCUUAUGUUGUUGAAUUCAAAUCUG